UAGUUAAUUUAGAUGUAGUUUAUAUAGUGGAGUUCCAGUCACUUUUGAAUACCCUACUUUUUCUCCCUAGAAAAAUUUGGUAAUAUAGGAUACUUCCACAUAUAGCAUAAAACGCAUUACUUCCCAUCAACAAAGUUUUACCCUUCUUUUCCAACUCGAUCAUUUUCCCACCUUAAGAAGAUUAGCAAAAAAAAACCAGAUAGGAUUAUCAUCAUCCAACUUCCAAUAAUGGAAUCAGCGAGAAACAAACCAUACCCUUCUGAGACUUCAGAAAGAGAAGAACAAAAAGAGGAAGAGGAAGAAGAAGAAGAAGAAGAAGAAGAUCAAGAUCAAGAAAUUGGGAGAAUACCAGAAAAGCUCAAUCCAGAGCUGAAUCUUCUUGAUUGUUUGGACAUGGGUUCGACCCAAGCCUCAUCAAAAAUCCCCCCGGGAUCCGAUUCCGAGCCGCGGGUUUUCUCCUGCAACUAUUGCCAGAGGAAAUUCUUCAGUUCGCAGGCACUGGGAGGGCACCAGAAUGCCCACAAGAGAGAGAGGACCCUGGCAAAAAGAGGGCUGAAAAUAGGCCACUCCCAGUUCCACAGCCACAGCCAUUAUUCAAGCUUGGCUAGUCUUCCACUCCAUGGUGCUUAUAACCAUAUGCCUCUCGGAAUCCAAGUUCAUUCCCUGAUCCAUAAACCCUCUUACUUGCCAAAUUCUUCUGGGUUCAGGGGUAUUUAUGGAAAUAGUGGAGGGUUAAGGCUCCCCAUUGCUCAACAACCAGCUAUAGGGAAAUUAGCAGCAGAGAGUAAUUACCAUGGAGGUGCAUCCACCGGAUUGUCGUCUCAAGGCGGGGUCGGAAGAUUUGGCGGCCCGGCGAGGAUGAUGAUGACUAGCUCUCCGGCCGAGGAGGCAGUUGGCGGCGGUUACGGGUGGGCGGGUAGUGGUGGUGGAAGGUUGAAGACUAAUCACGAUCAGAAGCUUGACUUGUCCCUCAAGCUCUAAUUAAGUUUUACUACCUUUUUUUGGUUUUGUAAUUUUGUUCUUGAAAUCUCAAUUAUAUAGAUUUGAUCCUUCCUUAAUUUUCCCCUUUCUUUAUGAUUAGGAGUUGGUUAUAGACUUAUAUAGUCUCAUCUUGGUUGGUUGGUUUGCUCCUUUUGGUUUGUUCUGGGAGUACCAUUUUUGUACAUUGAUCACAUCACAGGAACAAAGUCUGGAGAAAUUUGGUUUCUUUUUUCUA